AUGAACCAGACACAUAGCGCCGAUGUGCCUGAGGUGGCCGAUGUAGAGGUGCCGCAGGCACUGAAGGAAAACAUAGAGCACCUCAAACAGCUCCACCAGCGGGGAUGCACCAUCAACAACAACAUCGAGCAAUCCAAGGUCAUGAAGGUGUUCAACAUCGAGGGGCACUGCUCGAACUACAGCAAGCACGUUUACGACCCCGACUACUACGUCGCGCUGGCGCGGGAGACUGAGCCUGAAACGCAGCAGCCGCGCAAGGACAGCCAGACAUGCGGCCAGAACGCAAAAGCGGAAGCAGCUAACGCCGCGGAGGCACGUGGCAGACCGUCGGGCUGGUCAACGGAUUGA